AUGCAGGUGGCUGGACCCCCAGGUCCUUUCUGGAAGACGUGGAUGCAAGCUUUCGAUCGUUCAGGAAAGGCUGGUAUGGAAGCAGACACCCAAAAGCGGCUGAAUCGCAGUUCGAUGCUACACAAGGAUGGCCGACUUCUCUUCGAUGUAACCGGGCAACUUCAAUGGUACGCGCAUCACGUGCAUGCUUCAGGGAUUCAGCGCGUGACCGAGCACAUCAUUCGAUCAGCGCCUAUCAGGACGUUUCCGAACUUGGAGUUCGUUUUCCGACCGCUGGGCGACCACAGAUUUCACAGGAUCGAUCCCUCCGCGAUUUUCGAUCUAGCCGAUGAGCGCAGGAAGGACCGUGCGAUUUCGCGCUUGAGGUGGAUUCUGGUUCGUGCCUCGCGUUCUCCUGCAUUGAGCGGCUUGGUAACCGAGGCAAGAUCCUUCGAUGGCGGGUAUAUCCUCAAGGGGUGGGGGAGGCUCGACAAGGUCGCCCCGCUCUGGACAGGUAUGGAUGACCGAUCGUUCCGUUUCUCACCGAUCCAGCCACCGACUGAGGCUGACACUCUCGUGAACACAGGGGACUUCUGGUGCCAUCCUCAGUAUGCGCGCACCGUCGUGACCUUGAAGCGUAGAACAGGCAUGCGGAUCGUUGUUAUCCUGCAUGACCUUUUUUACCUGGAUAAUCCAGACUGGAAUCAUUCCCGGUUUGGCCAUUUUACUCGCCAGCUGGCCGAACUGGCUCCUCAUGUCGACGUGUGGAUGCCGACGUCCCGAUUUGUGGAAUCGCAGUUGAAAUCCUAUUUGGGUGACCAGGCUGCCGCGGGACCGUCCAUGCACCCGUUGCCGAUGGGCUGGGGAUUGAGCCAGCACUCCUCGACGCCUACCUCGUCUGAGAUCAAGGAGACUCUCGAAAGAUUUGGCCUAGAGCCGCAGCAAUAUUUUCUCAGCGUCGGAAAGAUUGAGCCUCGGAGGAAUAUGGUUGCCCUGAUCGAUGCUUUUUCUGCCGUUUGCAGAAGGGAAAAGCGGCCUCUUCCUAGGUGCGUGAUCGUUGGGCAGGACGGAUGGAAAUCCGGCGCAUUCAAAUCGCGCCUGCGCUCUCUAGGCCACGAAGAUGGUCAAGUGACAUGGCUCAAGAAUGUCUCCGAUGCCGAGCUUUCGGUGCUGUACGCUGCUGCCCGUCUUUGCGUCGUUCCCAGCAUAGUCGAAGGAUGGGGGCUGCCAAUUCGCGAAAGCAUCGCCCAUGGAACUCCAUGUCUGGCCUCCAAUGGCGGCGGUGCGAUGGAGGCAGGGGGGGGCUUGGUCGACUAUUUCGAUCCUCAUCAGCCUGACGGACUCAUGUCCGCGUUGCAUCAGUGGCUAAUCGACGAUGAGCGACCCCGGAAGGCACGCGAUGUCCUCGCACGCUUUAGGGAAGACCUAAGCCCUGCGAGUUGGGAUGCAUCGGGUCGGGCCGUCCUGGAUGCUGCGUUUGAUCCGUCCGCCGAUCCGAAGAUUCCACGGUAA